AUGGCCGGGUGGCUCGGUUGGUUCUUCACAUUCACCUUUCAGGUCGUCCCCCGCGGCCUGUACUGGUUGAUCACCUUCACCACCCUCACCCUGCCCACAUGGCUCUUCACCCUCUUCUCCAUGAGCCUGACCUUCACCAUGAAUUUCACCACCCUCAUGCUGAUCUUCCUGGCCAUCGUCUCCACCGUGAGCUGGUUUAUCCGAUACCGCUUCCUUAAUAUGUACAGCCGUUUACCCCCCGAACCGCAACGCAAAGAAGCCCAGAUCGACCUUUUCCCCGAUAUUCAAGAAGGCGACUCCAAACCCGGUCUCGCCAACUACCUCGAUGAAUUCCUCAGCGCCAUCAAGGUGUUCGGUUACCUCGAACGACCCGUCUUUCACGAAUUGACUCGGACAAUGCAGACAAGGAAGUUGAUCGCUGGCGAAACACUCAUGUUGGAGGAGGAAAAGGGCUUUUGUUUGGUGGUGGACGGCCUCGUGCAAAUCUUCGUCAAGUCCACCCGCGACAGCAAACACAGCUCUGAGGAAACCUUGCAUUUGAACGACGACAGCUCCGACGAUGAGGAGAACAACACGGAAGGCCGACAAGGCUACCAACUGCUCACAGAAGUGAAGAAUGGCGCCUCCAUGUCCUCCCUCUUCUCGAUCUUGCAACUCUUCACGGAGGAUAUCCAGCUGCAUAAGUCCCGCAGCUCCAGCUCCAGCGUGUCAAGCGUCAGUGGCCAUGGAAAUAAUCGCGCCCCCGAUUCCAUGCCGGUCAGUCCGCGCGUCGGAAUGAUGGAUAGCCCACAAUCCACCGUAAGAGAUGACCAAAGCGACACGACCAUCAUGGAUGGCCACCCAGAGCCUUUCUCCCCGGUGCCGCCAUUGAAUUUGGAUGAUAGACAUGAUACCUCCAACCGCACACCGCAACCACCCCCAAAGCGACGCCGCAAAUCAGUUCACCCAGAUAUCGUCGCCAGAGCUACCGUAGACACCACCAUCGCUAUCAUACCAGCUAGCGCCUUCCGCCGUCUGACUCGCGUCUACCCACGCGCCACUGCACAUAUUGUACAAGUCAUUCUUACGCGCCUCCAGCGAGUCACAUUUGCUACCGCCCACUCGUAUCUGGGGCUGACUACCGAAGUGCUCGGCGUCGAACGCCAAAUAUCAAAGUACACGACCUGGGAUCUCCCGAAUGAUCUACGAGGUGGCGCUCUCGACCGACUGAAAGACAAGUUCAUGCGCGAAAGGGACCGCCUUGGCCCAGAGGAAGUGGUAAAAGGCAUUGCUCUCCAUAAUCCUUUCGCUGGACGUAGACGGCGCUCAAGCAGCUCGCUUAGGAAGGAUGCUGUCCUACAAGCGCGUAUGACCAGUGAUCAACGACCUGUCAUGCCGAGCCGCCUGCCAACAAUGUAUAACGGAGAUAGUACGGGCGUCAGUCCUGGCGACUUACUAUCAACCAUUCAACUCUCUCGAUUUGGUCCUCGCCAUGAGCUCAUGGGCCCGCGCUUCGGAUCUCCUGUGGCAGAGCGGGAACGUGCGCCAUUCCGACCCGCCGGGAUUGAUGUCAGACCUUCCCCGUUCCAGCGGAAGGAGUCUGUUGACGAGGAUACCAUUUUCCGUGAAUCGAUUCUCGACUGCAUGAUGAAGGGUAUUGGGUUGACGGAAACUACAAGUGAUUCCUUACGGAAAGGUAGCCAUGUCUCGGGGGACGCUUCUCCCAAGCUACUGUCUUAUGACUCUCGCCGACAGAAGGCCGUCUUCUCCAACGCCUUCGGGUUUAUUGAUCCUUAUGAGGGAUCCGGAGAUGGCGAGACCGAGUCUAUGAUGUCAAUGUCGGUGACGAGUGCAGGCGGGACAUCACCUGUUGUUAACCUGCGUGAAGAUCUACGCCAUGAUAUUGAAGUGGUAUACUUCCCCCAGGGUUCUGUCUUGGUUGAGCAGGGUGAGCGGCCCCCGGGAUUAUACUACGUGAUUGACGGCUUCCUCGAUGUGGGCAUUCCAGUGAAUGAACGAGGCGAUGAUCUGGUCGGUUCUUCUCGUCCUUCAGUCUCGUCGGCCCAAGAAGAACUAUUCCCGAAGCUGAGGCGUACUACUACUGGUUCUUCACGCACCUCUGGUGCAACGGGGACUAGUGAAUCGCGUCGCAAGGGCCAAUCCCGCAAAUCCCUAUACUUGAUCAAGCCAGGCGGUAUGCAUGGCUAUGUCGGUGCUCUCGCCUCCUACCGCUCCUAUACCGAUGUCGUUGCCAAAACUGACGUCUAUGUUGGAUUUCUUCCGCGGGCGUCUCUUGAGCGGAUUGCAGACCGCUAUCCCAUUGCUCUGUUGACCCUGGCUAAGCGGAUUACCAGCCUACUGCCCCGUCUGCUUCUUCAUAUCGACUUCGCACUUGAGUGGGUGCAAGUUGGCGCUGGACAAGUCAUUUAUCACCAAGGUGACGAGAGUGAUGCCAUUUACCUUGUCCUAAAUGGCCGACUUCGAUCCGUCCUCGAGGGCCAGAAUGGAAAGAUGACUGUCAUCGGGGAGUAUGGCCAGGGUGAAAGUGUUGGCGAGCUGGAAGUCAUGACUGAAUCUACUCGUCCUGCCACUCUUCAUGCAAUCCGAGAGACGGAGCUGGCCAAAUUCCCCCGUUCUCUGUUCAACAGUCUGGCGCAAGAGCAUCCCGGAAUCACCAUCCAAGUUUCAAAACUCAUUGCCCAGCGCAUGCGUGACUUGGUCGAGCACCCCUUGUCUGAGAAGGGUCUUGAACAAGGCCAAGCCAGCGGUGUGCAGACAGCUACCUCCACCAUGAACCUCCGCACGGUCGCGAUUGUCCCAGUUACCGUGGGUACUCCAGUUGUCGAGUUUGGACAACGUCUGCUUCAGGCACUGCAACAGAUUGGUGUGACCCGAGGCGUCACCUCGUUGAAUCAAGCUGCUAUUCUGAACCAUCUCGGUCGGCACGCCUUCAGCAAGAUGGGAAAACUUAAGUUAUCGCAAUACCUAGCUGACUUGGAGGAGAAGUAUGGACUGGUGCUAUACAUCGCUGAUACCAAUGUCAAUUCCCCAUGGACACAGACUUGUAUUUCCCAAGCAGAUUCCAUCCUCUUGGUUGGUCUCGCCGAGUCUUCGCCCAGAAUUGGCGAAUAUGAGCGAUUUUUGCUCGGCAUGAAGACCACUGCCCGGAAGGAGCUGGUCCUCCUCCACGCAGAGCGCUACUGCCCUCCUGGACUAACCCGACGCUGGCUCAAGAAUCGAGUCUGGAUUAAUGGCGGGCACCAUCAUAUUCAAAUGGCCUUCCGACUCUCCAGCGAGCCCUCUCACCCCCAAACCAAGAAAUUCGGCACCGUCCUCAAGCAGCGCGUUCAGAUCCUGCAGGCAGAGAUCCAAAAGUACACGUCACGCCGCAUCAACCAAACACCGCAUUACUCGCCCCAAACCCCAUUCAAAGGUGACUUCCACCGCCUCGCUCGUCGUCUCUGCGGCAAAUCUGUCGGCCUAGUCCUCGGCGGCGGUGGAGCCCGCGGAAUAUCCCAAGUCGGCGUCAUCAAAGCCCUCGAAGAAGCCGGAAUCCCGGUCGACAUCAUCGGAGGCACGUCAAUCGGUUCAUUUAUCGGCGCCCUCUACGCCCGCGACGCAGAUGUCGUCCCAAUGUACGGCCGUGCGAAGAAAUUCUCCGGCCGAAUGGGCAGUAUGUGGCGAUUCGCAUUGGAUCUCACAUACCCGACCGUAUCAUACACAACAGGCCACGAAUUCAACCGGGGAAUCUUCAAGACAUUCGGCGAUAGCCAGAUAGAAGAUUUCUGGCUCGAAUUCUACUGCAACACUACGAAUAUCUCCCGCUCAAGACCCGAAUACCAUUCCUCAGGCUAUGUCUGGCGCUACGUCCGGGCCUCCAUGUCCUUAGCCGGCCUCAUCCCUCCAAUCUGCGACGAGGGAAGCAUGUUGCUAGACGGUGGGUACAUCGACAAUCUCACAGUCGCCCACAUGAAAUCCCUCGGCGCGGACGUAAUUUUCGCCGUGGAUGUCGGGUCUAUAGACGACAACACACCCCAAGGCUACGGCGACUCCCUGAGCGGAUUCUGGUCGAUCCUCAAUCGCUGGAAUCCGUUUUCAGGCUGUCCGAAUCCGCCGACAUUAUCCGAGAUCCAGGCCCGACUGGCGUAUGUCUCUAGUAUCGAGAAUCUCGAGCGCGCGAAGAAUACCUCUGGCUGUCUUUAUAUGCGGCCGCCGAUCGAUCCUUAUGGCACCCUUGACUUUGGCAAAUUCGAUGAGAUCUAUCAGUUGGGGUAUGCGUAUGGGAAGGAGUUUUUGGAUCGGCUUAGAAAUGAGGGUUCGUUGCCUAUUCAUGAGGAGACGGAGGAGAAGAGGAAGUUGCAGAGGACUAUGGCGCCUAGACGGGCUAGCAUUUGA